GGGAGUUUCAGUUUGAGGGCAGUUCCGGGUUGGGAGGUACGUUCGCAACCCUCACCGACUUGGCCCCUAGCAGCGUGGAACUACAAGUUCCAGGGUUCCUUGCGACCGCCCAUAGUCAAGUUGCCGGUGGAAUUGGCCCAGGAUGACAGCUGGAGAAUGGAGUCAGUUUUAUCCAAGUAUGAAAACCAGAUUACUAUUUUUGCUGACUACCUAGAAGAAUAUCCAGAUACAGAUGAGCUGGUAUGGAUCUUGGGGAAGCAGCAUCUCCUUAAAACAGAUUGGGAAAGACCUUUUAACCUGAAACUGCUAAGGAUCCAGCACCCAGAUAAAGCCUGAACUUGCAAAGAGGCAGCUCUGAGAUUUAUAUCUUUCUGAGGGGAGAAAACCCCUAGCAUGGAGUAAGGAACAGGAAGAAGAGAUCAAAAGGCAGGAGAGGAAGUUAGGCAUUGUCCAGCUCCUCCUGAGUCUGGCUUCAUUAUUUUCACUGGAGAAUUGUGAACAGUGGAGACAGCCUGGAGCUAGUGAUUAGGAGACCUUUUGUAUUCAGACUCUUUUCCCAACUCAGAAAAAUCUAAGCUGCUGUCUGAUAUAAGUACUCGUCUAUGGUUUACAUACAGAAGGAAAUUUUCACCAAUUGGGGGAACAGGUCCUUCAUCAGAUGCUGGUUGGGGAUGUAUGCUACGCUGUGGACAAAUGAUGCUGGCUCAAGCCCUUAUCUGCAGACACUUGGGAAGGGACUGGAACUGGGAGAAACAAAAAGAGCAACCCAAAGAAUACCAACAGAUCCUACAGUGCUUCUUAGAUAGAAAAGAUUGUUGCUACUCUAUCCAUCAAAUGGCACAAAUGGGUGUAGGAGAAGGGAAAUCAAUUGGCGAAUGGUUUGGACCAAAUACAGUUGCACAGGUGUUAAAAAAACUUGCUUUAUUUGAUGAAUGGAAUUCCUUGGCUGUUUAUGUUUCAAUGGAUAACACAGUGGUCAUUGAAGAUAUCAAAAAAAUGUGCUGUGUCCUUCCCUUGAGUACUGACACAGCUGGUGAAAGCCCCCCGGACUCUCUGACUCCAAAUAAGAGUAAGGUCACCUCUGCCUACUGCUCAGCCUGGAAACCCCUGCUGCUCAUUGUGCCCCUUCGCCUGGGCAUAAACCAAAUCAAUCCUGUGUAUGUCGAUGCGUUCAAAGAGUGUUUUAAGAUGCCACAAUCUUUAGGGGCAUUAGGAGGAAAACCAAAUAACGCCUAUUAUUUCAUAGGAUUCUUAGGUGAUGAGCUCAUCUUCUUGGACCCUCACACAACCCAAACGUUUGUCGACACUGAAGAGAAUGGAAUGGUUGAUGACCAGACUUUCCAUUGUCUGCAGUCCCCACAGAGAAUGAACAUCCUGAACUUGGAUCCUUCCGUAGCAUUGGGAUUUUUCUGCAAAGAAGAAAAAGACUUUGAUAACUGGUGUAGCAUUGUUCAGAAGGAAAUUCUAAAGGAGAAUUUGAGGAUGUUUGAAUUAGUUCAGAAACAUCCAUCUCACUGGCCUCCCUUUGUACCUCCAGCCAAACCGGAAGUGACAACCACUGGGGCAGAGUUCAUUGACACUACUGAACAACUGGAGGAGUUUGACCUGGAGGAAGAUUUUGAGAUUCUGAGUGUGUAGGAUAUUGGGAACUCAACUUGGAGGUCUGUCUUUCAUCUGUCAUGAUAGGAACAUGAACUUAUUACAUAAAACUUUUCUAGUCAGCAAGUGCCUGAUAUGCCAACAGCAUACAAGCUCAAUAGCAAUCAUGACUGAGCCAAUCACCAUUUCUCAGAAAUAAAUAAAACAAACAAAUGACAACAACCUUUCCCCAGAAAGAACCAAAACAAUCAUGGAGUCUAGGAGCAGAGACAUGACGAGGAGUCCAUUGCUUCCCAGCUUGUCUUACAUGGCUACAUCAAGUCUUCACCUGCUUAAAAUUAGAUGGACAUCUGGAAGACCGACAGAAACCCCCAGCUUGCUUUAUGCACCAGCAGGUGACAGGUGGUUACACUGCUCUUCUUCACCCUUUCAGGUGCGGUCUCUUUGGGGCUAAAUACUAAGAAGCAAUUUGUUCUCUUGCUCAAAUAAUAAAGUGACUGAAUCAGGGAGGAAGAGGUUCUUGUUAAAUUAUUUGAACAUGUAUUUUAAAUAGUUAUAAUUUAUAUCAAAAUGUUUGUCAAAAAAAUGAUGUCACAUGUAUACUUCCUGAUCUACCUUCCUAUUUAGGGGAAACUAUUUGAUGGGCCACUGUCCCCAUCCUUAACUGAUACUUUUGUCAGAUGUCACCCUGUCCUUAAAUCAAAUCAUGAUCGCUUGAAUCAGAGGUCAGCAAACUUUUUUUGUAUAGAACCAGAUUGUAAGUAUUUUAGGCUUUGCAGGCCAUGCAGCCUCUAUCACAACUACUCAACUUUGUUGUUGAAGUGCAAAAGCAGCCAUAGACAAUAUGCACGCAAAUGAGCAUGUCUGUAAUUCAAUAAAACUUUAUUGACAGAAACAGGUGGAUGACUGAAUUUGGCCUGCAGGCAACUGUACCCUGCCAAUUACCGACUUAAAUUGUUGAUUUUUUUUGAGAAAUUAAAAAUAAAUUGUGUUUGAACUAUACUCU